AUGGUCUCACAGCUACUUGGCAAAGACGAGAUUUACACCCCUCUAGGACCGAUCCGGGGGACAAGCACUGAAGUCGAAGGGAUCAAGCGAUACGUCAUCGAGUACGCACAAGCCGAGAGGUGGAAGCCGUCGUAUCCCACACAAGGUCGAAUUAAGGGUUUGAAUAAACUCCCCCCGGUUUGCCCGCAACAAGCCACAAACACCCUGCCGGACUGGACAGUCCAAUCGGAAGACUGUCUGUACUUGACCAUCUACGCACCUUCAUCUCCUGCUUCAGGACCGCCGAAGAGAGACUUGCCUACACUGUUCUGGAUACACGGUGGAUCUUUCGUCUCGGGGUCAAGCAGCCAUCCAGGAUUGGACGGUUCGAUCCUAGCAGCUCAUGGCGAGGGCACAAUCGUGGUGAUGAUCCAGUACCGCUUGGGCGUUCUAGGAAUGCUCCCUCCCGACGAUAUCUCCUCGACCGACCCGAACCUGGGUUUGAAUGACAUCAAGACCGGCCUCAGAUUCUUCAAGGGGUUGGCUAGUAGCUUUGGAGGUGAUCCGGAUAAGAUCACUGUUGGAGGGCAUAGUAGCGGCGGGCAUAUGAUACGAGGCUUGUUGGCCAGCCCGGAAAUGGAGGGGACGUUCCGGGCGGCUAUCAUCCAAUCUGAUCCUAUGGCAUUCGGUUUCGCAACCCCUGCCAUAACUACAGAGAUCCAACGACGGUUCUUUCGGCAGACCGACGGGUUCUCCCAUGGUAUUCCGAGUUGUACUGGGGACGACCUGGAGUGUUGGAAGAACGUCAGUGCGGACGAAUUGGUUGCUGCGCAAGGACGCUUGAUAGAGUAUCUGAGUGGGGAGGGAGUUAUUCCAGGUGUUCCGUCAGCGGAGGUCUUACGGCCAACUUCGUCGACUCCUUCAUUGUCACGCGAUAUCGGAAAGGCGCUCCUAGACGGCCAGCCAAUGAUCAAGGUUCCCUUGCUCUUGACGACGGUCUCCGCCGAGUUCGGGUCUACCAUCCAGGCCAUCGCUCCUUCCGCGAUUCCCGACCUCUCCACGUACAACAUGACCGUUCAAGCGCUCUUUGGUGAACGGACCGCCGAGAUCCUCCUGAACGAUGUGCCGGAGUAUGAUAUUAACAACCCCAUCUCGCUGAACCAGGCGAGGUUGGCGGGGAUCGACGAUAUGCGAGCUAUGUUGAUCAGGAUGGGUACGGAUGCUGUAUGGAGGAGUCCGAUAAGGGACUUCGCUCGGAUGUGGACACAGCGAGGAGAGGGAGACGUUUGGAUGGGGGAGUGGCAAAGGGGAGAGAGGUACCCGAGUAACGCCGGUGGCAAUAUCUGUCGUCAAGGGGUCGUAUGCCACGAGGACGAACUUCUCCCUACUUUUGGUCAGGGUCCUACUGACCUAACAUCGGAGACCAUCGCUCGCUGGUCCGCCUUCGUGCACAGGCUCGACCCGAAUCCUAAGACUUCCGUCACUUCCGAUUCAAGAUGGGAGAAAUAUGACGGAUCGGCCAGGUUCAUCUUCCCAAUCGGCGGAUCGAUAGACGGACGAGAGAUCCUCGAAUGUCCUUCGGUAUGGGGGACGACCAUCCCGUAUGACUGGCAGUUGUAUGCAUAGGUCGGAGCGCGAUAUAGCACAAUGCAUUGUAUCCAAAGGGCGAACAUCUAGGGUAUUCAAUACUGUAUAACAACAAAUGUAUCCCAAAUACAAGGAACCUGAUCUUACAACGUCCGUGAAGUCCUGUCUCGAGCUAGUCUGAAUGGGUUCCGGGAACGGUAGGUUCACAUGGCAAAGCCAACGCUC